CUCCAGAAACUGAAACACUCCUCUCUCUCUCUCUCGAUUCCUCCGAUCUCGAAAGAAUCUUCUCCAGCUCCUCCUGCUGAGGGAUGCUACUGCCCAUAAGACACUAGAUUUGAAGAGAUCUUGUGAGUUCUUGCAGGAUUCCUUAAGAUUUAGAAUGGCAGUGCCCGCUGGUACUCAGCAGAGCAUAAGAAAAGCUCUUGGUGUUUUGAAGGACUCCACGCAAGUUGGAUUGGCAAAAGUGAACAGUGAUUACAAGGACUUGGAUAUUGCAAUUGUCAAGGCCACUAACCAUGUUGAACAUAUGGCAAAAGAAAAACAUAUGCGCACUAUUUUUGACGCAAUUUCAGCAACAAGACCUCGUGCUGAUGUUUCAUAUUGCAUACAAACCCUUGCUAGACGUCUCACCAAAACACACAAUUGGGCGGUUGCAUUGAAAACUCUGAUAAUUAUUCACCGUGCUUUGAGGGAGGUGGAUCCCUCAUUUCGUGAAGAGCUCAAGAGCUACACCAGGAGCAGAGGUCAAAUGCUGAACUUGUCCCAUUUCAAGGAUGACUCAAGUCCAAAUGCAUGGGAUUACUCCGCCUGGGUUCGUACUUAUGCUCUAUAUCUGGAGGAAAGGCUAGAAUGUUUCCGCAUCCUGAAGUAUGAUGUUGAGACUGAGCAUACAAAAACGAGGGAGCUUAACACUGCUGACAUGCUUGAGCAAUUACCUGCAUUGCAACGGCUGCUUUUCCGUCUCCUUGGUUGCCAGCCAGAGGGUACAGCUGUAUAUAAUAAUGUGAUUCAAUAUGCACUUGCGAUGGUUGCAGGUGAAAGUGUUAAGCUUUACAGUGCUAUUAAUGAUGGUACUCUCAAUUUGGUGGACAAGUUCUUUGAGAUGCAGAAGCAUGAGGCUGUUAGGGCACUUGAUAUUUACCGUAAGGCAGGUCAUCAGGCAGAGAAGCUAUCUGAGUUUUAUGAAAUCUGUAAGGGGCUCAGUCUUUUGCGUGGACAGAAGUUUAUUAAAAUUGAACAGCCUGCUGCAUCAUUUAUCACAGCCAUGGAAGAGUAUGUCAAGGAAGCUCCACUGGCUUUACCACUUCAACGGAAUGUGGGUGAUGAUGACAAGGGUGUAGCUCCCAAUCCCAAGGUGAUUAAGAAAUUGUCAGAUUUUCCUGAAAAACCACAGCCUUCCCAGGAAACAGCAGAAUCCCUCAAGAGUGAGAUCAGCAAGGCUCCAGUAACAACACCCUUUACUGAUGAUAUUUUGGGACUAAAUGCUUCAAGCCAGAAAGCGUCACAGUUGGAUGAGAAAAACGCUCUGGCACUUGCUAUUGUCACAUCUGAUAAUCCAUUAAAUACUGGAAAUGGUCCUGAUCUGACAAGUGGAGCUACUGGGUGGGAGCUUGCACUCGUUAGCGCGCCAAGUUCUAAUGAAAAUGCUGUAGCCGAGAGUAAACUGGCUGGUGGGCUGGACAAACUGACAUUGGACAGUUUAUAUGACGACGCAAUGGCAAGAAGAACGAACCAGAAUGGUAGCUACCACUCGGGCCAGGUAGCACCCAAUCCCUAUGAGUCUGCUCAAUACACCCAAGACCCGUUCUACGCUUCCAACAACAUUGCCCCGCCCACCAAUGUGCAGAUGGCCACUAUGGCCAAACAACAAGCCUUCAUGAUGCAACAGCAACAGAAGGUAGCGGGCCAGCAAGACACAACAAAUCCCUUUGGCAAUCCGUAUGAGGAAACAGGUGUCCAGUCCCAUCCAUCUAAUAACCCAUUUACAAGCCUCAUUUAGUCUAUUGUUAGUUGUAGAGAGAGAAAGAGAGGCCGUGGAAUGAGUGGUUGCGAUACGGAGCUGUAGAUAGUUGGGCAGUGCAGUGGUAAUCCAUUGAUGAGAUAUGGUUCCUUUAAUUCUUUCAUUCUUUCAUUCUUUCAUUCUUUCCUUUUGUUUUCUUCUAAUGCUUUAGUAGUAGUUCCCUCUCCUUUUGGGUAUAAAGCUGAAAUUCCAGAGAUAGAGAAAUGUAUCAUAUGAUCUGAUGUAGUUAGUCAUUGACACAUUUGGAGCUCUUUA